GCUCGUCAUAUCAUCUACCCUAAUAUUCUCUGUCGUCCUCUCGAGCUCUACUUCGCGCCUACGCAUAAGCUGAAGCAACGUCGCAUGGAUAUGUUCCACAAGAUGCACGCAAGUCGGUGGGAUGACUACUAGUUGUAGAAGCAGUUCUGGUGCUCCUUCUUGACAAGAAGGGACCAAAAGCGUCUUUUGGAAAAGGAAGGGGCCAAACAUCAGAAGAUGAUGAACUAGACGAUCGAUGCGUUUUACUGUGAGGGAUCCUCAGAGAAUGAGGUACCUACACCUACACCGGUGUCGGCAAGGGCAGAGGCAACAAGAAUGGGUUGGAGCAAGGUGCGUAGAACCAACAAGCGAUGGGGCAUCUCGGAAUUGUUGCUUGGUAAUCAUGUCCGGUCUUCUUCUUGUCGCAGUCCCUGAGUGUGCAAGUCGUCAGUACAAGAUUUUCCAGUUUGAUCUUCUGCGGUCACCCAGUGCUGGACUUGUCCCAACGGUUGUUCAUCCGAGGACAACGAGGAGACCGGCCACGCGUAUCCUAACUUCUCACGCGACCUAUGAGUCUCGAAAUAUGGGCAACUACUGACGAAUCCACUAUCUCAUACUACACACAGUGCUACACAAUGUAUGAUUCUGUCAUGUGAUGUAGACUACAUAGAUGAUAUCUAUCCUGGGAUAUGUACGUAAUUUCUCACCUCUAACUGUCAAUACAUUCGGAUCUUUCCAUAAUUCAAAGAUGAUGACAC